AAUUCAGUGACAGUGCACGUUCUCUACUGCGUAGAAUGGAUGGUUGACUGUUUGUGCUAAUAUUAACUUCAAUUUAGUGCCAGAUAUAAUAGUACACACUACGCGAGUGAUAGAUAAAUAAUACCAACAGUUUAGUUUUGUGAUCGAAACUAGUUAUAUAAUAAAACAAAGUUAUUUUUGCAAUAAAUAGUUUAGCUUUUAGUUUAGUGAAAUUCAGUGCUAAUAUUAUACAAUAUCGUUCUCUCCUCUGACAUUGACAACGCAGUGAUCGCCCCGCCGUUCUGUUUCUCCAUUACCAAAUGUUAUAGAAACUGUUAAACACUAAAAAAUAUGUUAGUUUCUCUGGAUGGGCUGCAUAGCGGCGUGCCAACCAGGACCACGCCCACUUUAACACCCACCACUCUCAGAAACAUCGAGCAAACUUUCUACGAACUCCAGAGUAGCGAAACCUUGCGCCAAUCCAGCCACCAGGCCGGUUUCGUGCCGCCCCCUGCUCAACAGAUAACGCAGGAAAUAACGUCCCGCACCAGUAUGAGCACCUCCGGUUCAUGGCAAGGUCCUUCUCAGAGCGAAAUGGACACGACGUCGCAACAGAUGGCCACGACGAACACCAGGACGAACCGUCGAAGCACGGGCGGCCGAAGACCAACCAAAGCGACCAACAUCAGCCCCGAGGAAGAAGAAAGGCGAUGCAUCAGGAGGGAAAGGAAUAAAAUGGCAGCGGCGAGGUGCAGGAAGCGCAGGAUGGACCACACGAAUGAGUUGAUUGAUGAAACAGAACAGUUGGAAAGAAAACGUCAAACGUUGCAAGGAGAGAUACACCAAUUAGAACUUGAAAAACAAGAUCUAGAAUUCUUAUUAGAAACACAUCGUGCCUGCUGUAAAAAGCUUUUCCAAUCUGGGAAUAACUCCCGGCCUGAAAGUCCAACCGACAUCAAACCAUUUGCAGCGCUUUUGGCUGCUUCAGACCCGCCUUUAAUCAAAUUGGAACCGUUGGACGACGAAUUAUCAUUACCCAAAGAAAGCCUAUCGCCGAAUCAGGAUCCAGUAAUGAAUCCGGACCCUAUAAUCACCAAAAUCACAUCAACUCCUUCUGUAUAUACGAGUACGGCGGAGUGUUUAGUAAGUAAACCGAACCGGCCGAAUUUGCUGAACCUGCCUUUAACGCUGCCGCCUUCCCAGACGCAAAUAUUGAAGAAUGUUCCUGAGAUUGCUGGGAUUCCAAUAACCACUCCUUCGACGGGUAUACCGUUCAAUUUUGAGAGUUUGAUGGAAGGCGGCACAGGUCUGACGCCUGUUUCAGGACCACUGACACCAAAUUCUAAGAACCCAUCAACGACGAAAAUAUUCAGAAUCAUGUAAAUA